AUGGAUCUCAAAGUGGAAACCGAAGAAAUUGACUCAAAUCAACCUCCACCCUUAGAAGUUUUUGCGCACAGCUCGACCCUGCACGGAAUCUCUCACAUCUUCACGUACGAGCGGUUCUGCGUCAAACGCUGCCUGUGGCUCCUGUUUUUCUUGGGCUCUCUGACCUUCUUGCUGUAUGCGUGCGUGGAUCGGAUCCACUUCUACCUUGAGUACCCGCACGUCACCAAACUAGAUGAGGUCACGACCCCCAUCAUGACGUUCCCCGCCGUCACUUUUUGCAACCUGAACGCUUUCCGCUUCAGCCGGAUGACAAGCAACGACUUGUUUCACGUAGGGGAGCUGCUGGCCCUUCUCAACCAGAGGUAUGAAAUCAGAGACACACACCUUGUGGAGGAGAGCGUUCUGGAGAGCCUCAAGGUCAAAGCUGAUUUCCGCAACUUUAAGCCGAGACCCUUCAACAUGCGGGAAUUCUACGACCGCACUGGCCACGAUAUCAAAGACAUGCUGCUCUCCUGCCACUUCCACGGCACCGAGUGCAGAGCAGAGGACUUCAAAGUGGUCUUCACUCGAUACGGGAAGUGUUAUACCUUUAAUGCUGGCGGUGAUGGACGCCCUCCCCUCAUCACCACCAAGGGAGGUAUGGGUAAUGGGCUUGAACUCAUGCUGGACAUUCAGCAGGAUGAAUACGCGCCAGUCUGGGGAGAAACAGAUGAGACUUCAUUUGAAGCUGGGGUCAAAGUUCAGAUUCACAGUCAGGACGAGCCAUCCUUCAUUGACCAGCUUGGAUUCGGAGUGGCACCUGGGUUCCAGACAUUUGUUUCCUGCCAGGAACAGAGGCUGAUAUAUCUCCCCCCACCCUGGGGAGACUGUAAGGUGACGCCCAUGGAGUCGGACUUCUUUGACACUUACAGCAUCACAGCCUGUCGCAUUGACUGCGAAACGCGCUACCUGGUGGACAACUGCAACUGUCGCAUGGUGCACAUGCCUGGCGAUGCCCCCUACUGCACCCCCGAGCAGUACAAAGAAUGUGCUGACCCAGCUCUGGAUUUCCUGGUGGAAAGAGACAAUGAGUUCUGUGUGUGUGAGACGCCGUGCAACAUGACCAGAUACAGCAAAGAGCUGUCCUUUGUCAAGAUCCCCAGCAAGGCCUCUGCUAAAUAUCUUGCAAAGAAAUACAACAAAUCUGAGCAGUACAUCAAGGAAAAUAUCCUGGUUUUAGACAUCUUCUUUGAAGCUCUUAAUUAUGAAACUAUUGAACAGAAGAAAGCAUAUGAAGUGGCUGGGCUUUUAGGUGAUAUUGGUGGUCAGAUGGGGCUUUUUAUUGGUGCAAGCAUACUGACUAUCCUGGAGAUAUUUGACUACCUUUACGAGGUAAUGAAGUACAAACUGUGCCGCUGCUCUGAUAAGAAGCAAAAGCAUAACAACAAUGACGACCAGGGAACGGUCCUGAGCUUAGACGAUGUCAAGUGUCACGUCAGUAACUUUCACUAAGCUUCUGCAGCCCGGAGCAGAGAGCUGCUGCACUCUGUUUCUGAGCAACUUCAUGGACUUUGUUCUUUGCAGGUUUUUUUCCCACUGCUGGAACAACAAAAGAAGUGUGUGAACUGUGCCUGAUUAAGCUUUGUAAGCAAGAAGCUGAAUAGGGACGUGUGGCUGAAGUAAGUAGACGGCCACACAGACGUGAGGCCAGCAGAACCCGGUGACUCCAAUUCAAUCCAACUUUAUUUAUAGAGCACUUUAGAAGAAGACAGCAUAGUUGAACAAAGUGUUUUUCAGUUAAAAGACAGCAAUAAAAUGCAACACAGAUAAUAAACAAAAAGAAAAAAAAUAAUAAUAACAUUAAACAUUAAUAUGUACAAUAAAUAAAACUAAAAAGACUAAGAUUAAAAAGUGACCAAAAUGACUAAAACUGACGAGAAGCUAAGUCUAAUAUUAAUCUUGAAAUGCCUUAGAGAAAAGGUCUGUUUUUAAAUGCAACUUAAAAACCUCUAGUGUUGGGGCCAGCCUAAUAUGAAGAGGUAAUUUGGGGGCAACAGCAUCAAAAUCUCAGUCCCCCGGUGUUUCAGUCUCAACAUGGGAACAACAAGGACUGACUGGUCAGCUGACCUAAGAGACCUUUGAGUGGUGUAUAUAUGUGAAAGGUCUGUCUGGUUCGUGGGAGCCAGGCUGCUCAAAACUUUAAAAGCAAAGUGAAUUAAAAAUGUUAGAAUAACUGUGUGGUCAUCUGUAAACAACUUUACAUAGUAACAGAUACAGUUAAAGGUUACACAGGUUCACAUGUGUUUAGAAAUCCAGCUAGGUUGACAGUUUUCAUGUAAAAUAGUUUUUGAUUUGCAGGAAUUUUCAUGUCUGCUCUGCAUACAUUUUUUUUUUUUUUUUAAUUUGAUCAAACCAACUUUCAUGUUGUCCAUUUUCAUCUUAUGGCCGUCGUCCCUUGUUAAACUCGGUGCAUUUUGCCAGCAUACUGUACUACCUCGUCUCGCAGGCUGACAGUGCCAAAAAGAAUUGAUGAGCCAAGUAAAAACAAACUAACAAAAAGAUCAUUUUCAUGAAGAGUAGGCUGACGCUAAAGCAAGCCCAGUAUUUUCUUGAACAGCAGUCACAGGCUGUUUUCACAGAAGGCAUUUUGAUGUGUCACAGCAGGUUAAAGCACAAAUUUAAGGAUAGCUGAGAUCCAUUUAAUUUUUUUAAUUACAGCCCCUCCGCAGCUAGAACUGUGUGUAGCAUUGCGACAAACAGUGUGCAGUUAAUUUGUUAAUACCUGUGUGUGUGGGUGGUGGGGCAAUCCAUAUGAUCUUUAUGGAUACACAUAGUUUAUUCACCCAGUUUCUGAUGUCAUGCAUGGUGUCGCACUUUGGUCCCAUCAUGUGCUUGUAAACGUUUAUCAGUAACCUUUGUUUUUUCUGCUGUAACAAGUUCAAAUGUCUGCAGUGAAAAAGGCCCGCUGCCGUAACUAUUUAGUGUAACAUCAAGCAGGAAGUCAUUCAGAAGGAACAUUAACAUUAACAUUAAAAACUAGUUGAUAAUAUUUCAUGUACACAAUAUUACAAAGAAAUAUUUUAAAACAUUUUUGAUUUCCUCAUUGUAUACUGUCAGCCUUUACUAUAGAAAUUAGGAAGUUAUUAACACAUAAUCUAAUAACAUUCAUUUAAGAGAAUGUCAGUCAUGUUUACUGUACAUGCUUCUUGUCACACUUUAAGGAAUUCCCCUUCUGCUGUGUUAACAAGGUAAGAUUACAUCAAGGAUAAAUCUUUUGAAUGUUUUGUUUUCCAUCCUUUAGGGCUCUGACUUGCAUGUAGCACUGUACAGCAUACAUCUCAAAUGUACAGUUCAUCUGCAUGUCUGGCCGCAGUUCGAGUCUUCUUCUGUCUGGGUGUCUGGCCGUGAAUUGUGAGCAUGUAUUUACUUUUGGUUUAGAUUUAGCGCCUUUCCAGAAACCCAAAGACGCUUUACAAAGAGUAUAAGCAAACAAAAUAACUAAACAAAAAAACUAGAGAUUGAAGGCCUUGUUGAACUGGUGAGUUUUCAAAAGUUUCUAAAGAGUCCAGUGAUGGGGCGUUGUGAAGCUCAGAAGGGAGAGAGCUCCAGAGGGUGGGGGCUCUGUCCCCAAAGGUAUGGAGGUUAGUGCGAGGGACAGGAAGAAGACCCAUGGCUGAGGAUCGAAGUGUUGAAUGACAUCCAUGUUUCGAUUUCAUGCAAACAGUUGACAAGUGGUUGUGGGGGGGAGCUGGGUGGAGGGUUUGGUACUGAAAUAAAGUUGUGUGUCAUCAGCAUAGGAACAGAAGCAGAGACCAUGGCAGCAGAUGAUCUGACCAAGGGGGAGCAUGUAGAUGUGAAGAGAAGGGGUCCAAGCACAGAACCUUGAGGCACACUGUGGUUAACUGGAGCAGAGGUGUAGCAGGAGCCUCCCAUUGUGACAAACUGUGUUUUGUUGGAGAUGUAGAGCUUAAACCAGGAGAGUACAAGAUAGCUGGAUAGACAUGAAAGAAAGGAUGGUAUGAAAAACAGUGUCAAAGGCUGCAGAAACAUCCAGGAGGAUGAGGAUGCUGGUGUGACCAGAGUCAGCAGCAAUGAGAAGGUCAUUAGUUAUUUUAAUGAGAGCAGUCUUGGUGCUGUGCUGUGCUCUGAAUCCAGAUAGUAAGGGUUCAUAGAGGUCAUGGCUGGACAUAUGUUACUGGAGUUGGGUGGCCACUGCUCCUUCCAAGAUUUUAUUGAGGAAAGGAAGGUUGGAGAAAGGCCGGUAAUCGUUAAGGUCAUCGAGGUCUAGACCUGGCUUCUAGAGGAUUGGAGUCAGAGGUAGUUUUGAAGCUGAAGGGUACCACUCCUGACUCCAGAGAAGAGUUGACGAUGUCAACUAUAAGGAGACAUAGAGCAGGUAGACAUGUCUUGACCAGCAUUGUCUGCUUGGGGUCCAGGGUGCAAGUGGAGGUUUUAGCCUGAAAGAUCCACAUGGUGACUUGAGAGGAAUUCACAGAGGAGAGGGAGCACUGAGAUGGAUGUACAGCAGGGGGGAUGAAAUCCUGUAGCUGGUGUACAGGUGCUAGGAGAUGCCGAUGGAUAGAGUUAACUUUUUUCUGAUGAAGGAAAUCUGGAAAAAUUCUGCCCUUAAAUGCUCAACGCUGUGUGUGUGUGUGUGUGUGAUGUCAGGUAGUGGUGAAAAUGUGAGCUCUGCAGAGCAUGUUUGAGAGUUUCUCUCAUGAUUAUGUAUAUACCAAAAUUAGGGACACACUAAUGUAUCGGCCAAACUUCAUCAGAUCCUUACAGAGGUUCAAGUGACCAUUCAUCUCUGCUAAAAAGAAUGUAUUUACUGAUGUUGGUGGACAGUGUUUUCUGAUGUUUCACAUCUUUUUUUGCACUGCCUAAUGGUUUAAUGGUGUGUUAGCUCUGUUAUUGAAGAAUUUCACAUUCGGUGCAUCCCUACUGAAAAUCUAACCAUGGCUUCAAAUAUUCUGUUGCACAUCAUUUGUUUGACUCUUUUAUUCUCAACAGGAAGUGGGAUCUGAUUAGCGUGUAGCUGUGUGGUGUUACUAUCAAGCACAAUUAUUCCAUCAGCUGUAAUUUAUUGUAAAUAUUACUGUUGAAUGUGGAUAAUUAUCCUAGUGUAUUAGCAAUAGUCUGCUCUGUCUAAUGUUGUACUUAAUGGAUUUAUUUCAUUGAAACUUGCUGUCUCAGUUCAUUUUUUCUGUACAUGUCCAAAUUGUUUAUUUGUCAAAGACUGUAAUAAAGUAGGGGGCUAUUUUUCUUUUCUUUGUGAGUAUUGCUAGAAUCACAGCAGCCAUUCUCAUUAGUACAUGAGAAUUAAAUAGCCAGAUUGUUGCUGCAUGAGGUCUCCGAGCUUACCGCUUUUGUUUUCAACUCUGUUUUUUACUUUUGCCUUUUCAUUUGUGAUAUGAAAGGACAGCUGUUUUAGUCUGGUGACAUAAGAUGAAUAAUGGACUUGAAUCAGUUGUUAUAUUAAAGAUUAAAUGCUAACUGUAUGUAUCUCUUAUUCAUUUCAAA